AUGAAAUCAGCGGAAAAAAAUUUAUGCAAAUAUUUUUGCAGAAAAUGUAAUAACUAUAUUUUUUAUAAUGAGGCAUGUGAAUUAAUAUUUAAAAAGAUAUACCCACAAUAUAAUAAAAUAUACUAUAAUAAAAAUGAGUUAAACAAAAAGAGUAAUAAUAAUAUAGGAAAUAAUGACGCAUUUCAGACAGAAAACUUAAAACUCUAUGAUAAUUUGUAUCGACAAAUUUACAGUAAUGGAUUAUGUGGUGUAAAUAAACAAAGAAAUGAUUUUCUAAAAAAAGAUAAUGUUUAUAAUAUGCUUGGUUUUCUUAACAAUGGAGGAAUUAAAUGCACAAAAUGUAACAAAGAUAAUAUUUGGUAUAUGAAAUGA